AUGGCUUUACGUGGAAAAAGAGCGCAUGAUAAUAUGGACGAUGAAAAACCAUUGCGAUAUACGACAAUAAAUAAUAUAAAAGAUAUACAAGAUUUAAAUAAUGCUAAACGGUAUAUAACAAGCACAUGUCAUACCAUAUGGAAGUUAGAUCGUUAUGAUGCUGGUCGAGAAUUUAUUCAAGAUCUAUGUCAAUCGAUUGAUCGUUUGCCAUGCAAUGGCGAAUUGAUUGAUGGAUUUGAAUAUAUUAAUGAUGAUGGUGAAAUGGCUUAUAUCCUUUUUGUUAUACGUUCAAAUUAUGAUGGAAAGAUGAUACAUGUUGCAUCUAGUCAUCAUAAAAUAUCAAAAUCAAUAAGUAGUAGUUUUAAUAACAAUAGUACACCAUUAACAAGUGUGGAGCAAAAAAGUAUGAAAUGGUUAAAACAACGUGCAUUUCAUGAAGUACAUUUAUCUGAAUCAGCUAUGAAACAAUUGAUGCAUAAAUCUAUGGAUUACCCAAUAAUUGAGUUACCAAAAGAUUUUCGGAUCUGCCGUGAUGAUCGUUGUAGACGUAAUAAUGAUACAAUUUUAACAGCAGAAGAAGGAAAAACAAUUAUAGAUAAAAGUGAAGCUACACCAAAUGAUUUUGGUUGGCGUUAUAAUAUAUAUAAUAAACUAAAACAUGAUAAAACAAUUUUAAACCAAAUACCAGAAAUACUUUUAUAUAGUAAAAGAAUUGAUGGAGGUGAACGAAUGAUUGAUGAAUUAUGGACAACAAUAAAAACUGUACAAGCUUUUAAAAAUAUAAAUUAUCCAUUUUAUAAUGCUAAAGGCGAAAUAAUUAUGUUAGCAAUUUUAAUUCGUGCAUUUGCAACAAUGCCUUUUUUUGAAAUUGUUUGCCGAUUUCAAACUUGUGACACUUAA